AUGGUUUCUAUUAAAGAUGAUGAAUUAAUUUUUACAUUGUCUAAUUUGUUCAUUAUAGAAGGUCCACUUGUAAAUAAUGCACAACUAUAUGAAAUAUUUCUUGACAAAAAGAUUACUUUCGAGGAUUACCAAGAGUUACGCAAACCUAUACCACUGUCACAUGAAACAUUGUAUUCAUUAUAUUCGUUGAGAUUAAAACAACUAGGAUAUAUUCCAUUAGAAGAAAGUCUAUGGAAUAAUGAAUAUCCAGAAAUACAGAAACGAUCAUCGACACAAGAACAGGCCGGAAAAGGGGUUUUCAACUAUAUGAAAGAUACACUUUUAUCAAAAGUGUUGAAUAGAUAAACAAUAUCAUUGUAUUACAUUCUACAGAUAAUAAAUAUUAAUUUUAAGUAUUAAUCAUGGAAUAUUUCUCGCUCUAUUAUGGAUCGCUUGGACCAAAUAAUAAGAAUCUAGUAACCAUUAUCUAUUGUACUAUUAUAUCUUAAGCUUAGAAUAUUUUAUUAAAAUGUAAUUAAAUUAUAUGUUAUAAUCAGUACCUAUAAUAA